GGUACUGUAUUGUAACCUGCUGCUUCAGAGCGUCUGGUCUGCGGCCUCGGAGAGUCAUGUCGGGGAAGCGGCCGCUAGUAGUUUUGUUCGACCUGGGCGGCGUCCUUUUGAGUAGCAGUCAGACACUUUUCCGAAAUCUGGAGAAGACUGUGGGCUUGCCUGGAGAUUUCUUUCAAAAAGUCAUUAAGCAUGGUGGCCCAGAUGGACCUUUCUCCAAAGGGAUGACUGGACAGAUUGGAUUAACUCAGCUUAUUGCUGACUUUGAAGAUGAUUGCAAGAAAUUUUCUUCUACUUCUAAUCUCCCUCUUCCCGAAAACUUCUCACUGAGCGAGAGUUUUGUCGAAACGAUGGCGAAAAGCGGCUUGAGUGUACCCUUCCUGAAGGCCGCUAUGCUUCUCAAGAAAAAUGGUUUUAGAAUUGCUGUCCUGACAAACAACUGGAUUGAUGAUACUCCUAACAGGCAUCAAACAGGAUUUGUCUUCUGUCUGCUGAGGAAAUAUUUUGACAAGGUGAUUGAGUCCUGUCGUAUUGGCCUGCAGAAACCAGAUCCCAAGAUUUAUGAGUAUGCAUUACGUGAGCUGAAUGUAACAGCUGAAGAGGUUAUUUAUCUGGAUGACAUUGGUGCAUACUUAAAGCCUGCUGAGAAGAUGGGGAUGACAACAAUCCUUGUGAAAGAAGCUGACUCUGCUUUGAAACAGCUUCAAGAUCUGACUGGGGUUCAGCUUCUUGACCAGGAAGAAUAUCUUCCUUCAGCAUGUGAGCCCCAGGAUGUGGCCCAUGGAUAUGUAAAAAUCAAGCCAGACACCGAGUUGCACUUUGUGGAGAUGGGGAGUGGUCCCGUGAUUUGCCUCUGCCACGGAUUUCCAGAGUCCUGGUUUUCUUGGAGGUUCCAGAUUCCUGCCCUUGCUGAUGCUGGCUUCCGUGUCAUUGCCUUGCAAAUGAAAGGCUAUGGAGAUUCUGUGGGUCCACCAGAUACAGAAGCAUAUUCCCAGGAAGAAAUUUGUAAGGAUUUGGUGAUCUUUCUGGACAAAAUGAGCAUUGUUCAGGCUACAUUCAUUGGUCAUGAUUGGGGUGGUGCCACCGUGUGGAAUAUGGCCCUCUUUUACCCAGAGCGGGUCAAGGCAGUGGCUGGAAUAAAUACACCCUAUACUCCUUCAAAGGCUGGAGUGGAUUAUGUGAAAACGAUGGAAGCCAUUCCUAUUUUCGAUUAUCAGUUCUACUUCCAAGAGCUAGGAGUCGCAGAGGCUGAACUGGAGAAAGAUAUAAUCCGAACUCUGAAGAUUGUGAUCCGAUCUAGCAGGAAGGAGGAUGAAAUAGAAGGACCUUCUCUUAGUACAGCUGGAGUUAGGAAGCGAGGGGGGCUGUUUGUGGGACUUCCUGAAGACCCACCUCCAAGUUCUCUUCUUCCAGAGCCAGUCCUCCAAUACUAUGUACAACAAUAUCAAAAAUCUGGAUUCAGGGGUCCACUGAACUGGUACCGAAACAUGGAAAGAAACUGGUCAUGGGGUGCUUCUGCCCAGGGUAGAAAGAUCACAGUUCCUGCCCUGAUGGUCACUGCUGGAAAGGACAAAGUUCUCCAUCCAGGAAUGAGCAAGCACAUGGAGAAUUGGAUUCCCCAAUUGACUCGUGGCCAUAUUGAAGAUUGUGGGCAUUUCACACAAAUAGAAAGGCCUGCAGCUCUGAACAAAAUCCUGAUUGAAUGGCUGGAAGAUGUUCACAAAAAUGCUUCACUGCAAACAACUGCCAAGCUUUGAAGAGGACUUCAGCCCACAAAUUGCUAUUGUUGAUUUAUGAUCCAGUUAUAGUUUCCCUAACAUAUUGGAAUCAAGUUUCAAUCCUAAUUUGUGGGAAGCUUAAAUCAUAUCUUCUCAGUUCAGAUGAAUCUAAAAGUAAUUUAACAAACUCAGGAUGCAUUACUGAAGCAGGCACAAGGCAGGACAAAAACGUUUGAUUAAUUAUGUGAUUGGGGAUGGGGUUACUCUCCAGAUGGUAGUAUCAAUUUUAUUAUGAUAGAUGAUUUGGGCUGUGGCAGAUGGGAGUUGUGCUCAGAAACUUCUGGAGAGUCAAUUCUGAUUUGCCACCUGUACUGUAGUUUCUAACUGUGAGAUUUAGUUUAAAUUCAUGAUUAUGAGCUUUCAAGUGUAUAUGUAUUGCAACAGUCCGAACACAUUUCUGAAAAGAUACUAUUGAUUAGAGUUUUUCAAAUUGUGUUCCACUGGAACCCUAGGAUUCCACAAGAAAUUGAUGGGGUUUGACAAAUGAAUGAGGAGAAAAGUUUAUUCAAACAUGGCUAAAUUUCUACCACUGGGAUUUCUGGGAAUAUUUUUUUGCCUUUAACUAAGAAAUUUUGGCUGAAAAAGUUUGAAGAUGCCAUAUAUCCACUAUUCAUUCUAGGAGCUGUAUUUUUUCCUAGAAUCGCAGGGAGAAAAGAUGGCUCCAUCAAAGAGGA